AUGAAAUGCAAAACAUUUUUUCACACACCAGCCUUGCUCGCACAAAUCAAAAUCUUGCAGAAACCAAGCACAGCAGCAAUCACUACAACAAGGACAACGACUGUGACCCCUGCACUCAGGAGUGAUUGGGGCACGUUUAAAGGGACAUCUAACCAAGAAGAAAUUGCAGGCUGGGCUAAACACUUGGCUUCUGCCAACUUGUUGGGGGGCAACGGACAACAAGAGCAGGUGCCUGCUCGUCCUGAACAACGGAAUCAAGAACAAGAGCAGCAAGAACAAGACGAACAACAAGAGCAGAUGCCUGCUUGUCCUGAACAAGGGAAUCAAGUUCAUGACCAAGCGCAACAGGGUGUACAAUAG